AUGAAGUAUGGGACCUUUCUGCUCUUUAUCUUUUUGUGGACGUCUCUGGUGUACGACCCGUUAGCCUACUGGAUGUGGUCCCUGAAACUUGAUGAUUCUUGGGCAAUCACAAACAUGGGUUGGGAGGGAAAAAUGGGAUCGAUCGAUUUUGCUGGUGGUACUGUUAUCCAUAUUUCUAGCGGUUUUGGUGCUCUCGCUGCUGCUCUGAUGGUUGGGAAAAGAUACAAUCACAACGAAGCUAUAAAACCACACAAUGUACCUCUUGUAAUGAUCGGAGUUACGCUACUUUGGUUUGGCUGGUUUGGUUUUAAUGCUGGCUCACAGGGUGCAGCGGAUGGAAUUGCUGCAACGGCUGCUAUUAAUACGCACUUGGCUUCGAGUGCAGGGUUCCUGACAUGGGUUGGCCUCGAAUUUUCUUGGUAUAAAAAGAUCGAUCCAUGUGGGGUUGCUACCGGAGCAGUAGCUGGCUUGGUAGCGAUAACACCAGCCUGUGGUUAUGUGUACCCUUGGGCAGCGGUAAUUUUUGGCAUUGUAGGUGCAAUUACGGGUUUCGCAGCUAUUCAGAUGAAAAAGUAUUUGCGCUAUGAUGAUACCCUUGAUUCUUUCGCUAUUCACGGCUGCGUUGGCGUUAUUGGUGGUUUAAUGACGGGACUAUUUGCCACAUCGGACGUAAACCCAAACAUCGAUAACGGUGCUUUUUACGAGAACGGCGAGCUUUUUCUCCAUCAAUUGGUUUCCCAAUGCUUUGCUGCAGCGUACUCAUUUGCAGUGACACUGAUUAUCCUUCUCGUUCUUAAGCUCACAAUUGGUUUACGCGUAGAUGAGGACAAGGAAGUAAACGGUAUUGACAUCAGCUACCAUGGUGGUCUCGCGUAUGAUUAUAGGGUACACGAGAACACGUCAAAGGCGGAGACACGCGAGUUAAGCAGCGACUUUAUGCAGUGA